UCCCUCUCUCUCUCUCUCUCUCUAGCUAUCUUCCUCUUGCAGAUAUGGGUAUUCAGGGUCAGAGUUUCUCAGUGAAGGUGGUUGACAAGGUGGUGGUGAGUGCAGAAGAAUCAUGGACUGACCAAUGGUUAUCCUUUACAAACCUAGACUUGCUUGUCCCACCUUUUAAUGUUAGCUCUUUCUUCUGCUACAACAAACCCUCCUAUGGGAGUUUCCCCACCAUGCUAAACACCCUCAAAGCUUCCUUAUCUCAAGCACUCGCACUCUACCCCCCAGUCUCCGGUGAUAUUGCAUGGAACGGUGCUGCCGGCAAGAAUCAAAUUCACUGCAACAACCAAGGAGUCGAUUUCACCCAAGCUUUUGCUGACGUAGAACUCAAGGAACUCAAUUUCUACAAUCCAGAUGAGAGCAUCGAGGGUAAACUAAUGCCCGAGAAACAACGUGGGGUGUGUGCUACCCAGGUUACAGAGUUAAAAUGUGGAGGCAUGGUGAUAGCGAUCAAGUUUGAUCAUCGGAUAGUGGACGGGUACUCAGCUAACCUGUUUAUCUCAUCAUGGGCAGACUUGGCUCGAUCUGAAACCCCAUCUAUGAUCCCCUCCUUUGCGAGGUCCCACAUGAAUCCAAGGUCCCCACCCAUUUAUUCGUCAUCAAUUGAUGAUGUGUUUGUUCCGUAUGUACCACAAUCCCAACCUGACAAUGACCAAAAUCACGACCAAGGAGGCGAUGUACUCGUUAAUCGCAUAUACUACAUUGAGAGCGAGCAACUUAAAACUCUACAGUCGUUGGCAAGUGAAAACGGCCGUAGGAGGUCGAAGCUAGUGGCGUUCACCUCUUUCUUCUGGAAGAAACUUGCAUUGAGCAUGGAAGACGCCGGAAAUCACAACGAGGUGUGUAAUGUGGCCGUUGCAGUCGAUGGAAGGAGAAGGUUGAGCGAGGGCGAUGGAGAAGAGAAAGAAAAACUAAUGGAUUCUCACUUUGGCAAUGUUUUAUCUAUGCCCUAUGGGACGAAAAAGUCACAGGAGUUGAAUGAGAUGUCAUUGAGCAAUGUAGCUACGGAUGUUCAUGAGUUCUUGCAGACUGCCACCGGAAAAGAUCAUUUCUUGGACCUGAUAGAUUGGGUGGAAGAACAAGGGCCACGACCGCUGAUUUCAAAGGCGUUUGCGAAAGGAGAGAUGUCAGUGAUGGUGUCAGCGGGACAAAGAUUCCAUACCAUGGACGAGAUGGAUUUUGGGUGGGGUAAGUUGGCUUUCGGAUCAUGCCAUGUCCCAUCUGAAAGGAAGGACUGUUUCGUGAUGACAAUGGGCAGUCCGAUCAACAAUGAGGAUUGGGUCGUCUAUAUGCAUGUGCCAUUGAAACACUUGAACUUCAUCGAGGCACAUGCUAGUCACGUGUUCAAACCCUUGAAUGUUGAUUACCUUAAGAUUUGAUACAUAUUAUGUUUCUAAUUUCCAAAAAAACUGUAUAAUUUUGUUUGCUUAUAAUGUUGUUGUGUAACUAAGUUUGGUACGUAUUAUUUGUAUUUAUUCAAAUUAAUUUAAAAGUAUGUUUAUGAA